AUGGAUAAAGUCAAUUCUUCAGUGGUAUCUGAGUUUGUCUUGCUGGGACUCUCCAGCAAUCAUGAGCUCCAGCUAUUCUAUUUUGUUUUCUUCUCUGUGUUGUAUGUAGUCAUUGUGCUGGGAAACCUUCUUAUUAUCGUUACAGUGACUUCUGAUGUCAAACUGCACUCCCCCAUGUACUUCCUUCUAGGAAACCUUUCUUUUGUGGACAUCUGUCAAGCUUCCUUUGCCACCCCUAAAAUGAUCACAGAUUUUCUGAGUGAACAUAAAACUAUCUCCUUCACUGGCUGCAUAGCCCAGAUUUUCUUUAUUCACCUUUUUACUGGAGGAGAGAUGGUGCUUCUUGUCUCCAUGGCCUAUGACAGAUAUGUAGCUAUAUGCAAACCCCUACACUAUGUCGUUAUCAUGAAUAGAAGGACAUGCACUGUGAUGGUAAUCAUCUCCUGGGCUGUGGGUUUGAUACACACUUUAAGUCAGUUAUCAUUCACUGUGAACCUGCCUUUUUGUGGACCUAAUGUAGUAGAUAGCUUUUUUUGUGAUCUUCCUAGAGUGACCAAACUUGCUUGCUUGGACUCCUACAUCAUUCAAAUAUUAAUUGUUGUCAACAGCGGUAUUCUCUCCUUAAGUACUUUCUCUGUCUUGUUUGCCUCUUACAUCAUUAUUCUGCUCACUGUCUGGUUUAAGUCUUCUGCUGCAAUGGCUAAAGCGUUUUCGACACUGUCAGCCCACAUUGCUGUAGUAAUAUUAUUCUUUGGACCAUGCAUUUUUAUCUAUGUGUGGCCCUUUACUACUUACCCUGUGGAUAAAAUUCUUGCCAUAUUUUACACUGUGUUUACCCCCAUCCUAAACCCCAUGAUUUAUACACUAAGAAAUAGAGAUAUGAAGUCUGCCAUGAAAAAAAUUUUGACCCGUUAUCUGAAGACUACGAAAAUUUUGGAAAUGCCACUAGUUGCAAGAAAUUCUCUUUAUUAA